UCAAUCGAUUCCUUAGGGUUUUCUUUUCUCAUUAUUAUUAUUAUUACUUCACAAAUGAUAAAUAAAUCUUCGUUUUUUAUUCAAUUUUGUUACUGUCAUUGUUUUUUCUAUGCUUGUUGCCAAAUAUUGUAGUAUAGUUUUUCAACAACCAAUGCAAAAUUUAUCAACAAACCAUGGUAAUUUUGUUUGUCACCAAAUUCAGAUAUAGAUAUAGUUUUAGUUCUACUUUGAUUAAUCCAACAUGUCCAAAUUUAGGUUUUUUAAUUUCAUUUUUUCAUACUAGUUCACUGUCACCAAUUGUCAAACCCAUAAAUUGGAACACUACCCAUAGUUUUGUUAGGAAAAACCCUUUGCUUGCUAUACUGGAAAGAUGCGAGUCACUUGUCCAGUUGAAGCAAAUUCAGGCUCAAAUGGUAUUGACUGGUUUGAUUGAUGAUGGUUUUGCUGCGAGUCGUCUUGUAGCGUUUUGUGCUUUAUCUGAGUCGAAAGCACUUGAUUAUUGUACUAAGAUAUUGUAUCGAAUUAAAGAGCCCAAUGUGUUUUCUUGGAAUGCGACAAUUAGGGGAUAUGUGGAGAGUGGAGAUGUAGAAGGAGGUUUUAUGCUGUACAAGAGGAUGUUGCAAGGGGGUGUUUUGAAGCCGGAUAAUCAUACUUACCCAUUGUUGCUUAAAGCUUGUUCUUGUCGAUCUUUAAGUUGUGUUGGUCUUGGUAUACUUGGGCAUGUGUUGAAGUUUGGGUUUGAAUUGGAUUUAUUUGUGCAUAAUGCGUCGAUCACUAUGCUACUCGCGUGUGGGGAGUUGAGUGUUGCAUGUGAUUUGUUUAAUAAAAGUCGUGUGAGAGACUUGGUAACAUGGAAUUCGAUGAUUACUGGAUGUGUUAAAAGGGGACUGGCAAAUGAUGCUAUAAAAAUCUAUCGGGAAAUGGAGGAAGAGAGAGUGAAACCUAAUGAGAUUACAAUGAUUGGGAUGAUUUCUUCUUGUUCUCAAUUGCAGGAUUUGAAUCUUGGCAAAGAAUUUCAUCGUUACAUUGAAGAACAUGGCCUUGAGUUGACAAUUCCACUCACUAAUGCACUUAUGGACAUGUACGUGAAGUGUGGGGAAUUGUUGCCUGCAAGAGUUCUAUUUGAUAACAUGGCACAAAAGACCCUUGUUUCAUGGACUACAAUGGUUUUGGGAUAUGCUAGAUUCGGUUUCCUGGAUGUUGCUCGGGAGAUUUUAUAUAAAAUUCCAGAAAAGAGUGUUGUGCCGUGGAAUGCCAUCAUCAGUGGCUGUGUCCAGGCCAAGCAUAGUAAAGAGGCAUUGGCUUUAUUCCAUGAAAUGCAAAUUAGUAAAGUAGAACCCGAUAAAGUGACCAUGGUUAACUGCCUGUCUGCAUGCUCACAACUAGGAGCACUUGAUGUUGGAAUAUGGAUUCACCGUUAUAUUGAAAGGCACAAUAUUUCUCUUGAUGUUGCCUUAGGAACUGCACUAGUCGACAUGUAUGCCAAGUGCGGAAAUAUUUCAAGGGCACUCCAGGUUUUCGAAGAGAUUCCUCAAAGAAACUGUUUGACCUGGACAGCCAUCAUUUGUGGUUUAGCACUUCAUGGGAAUGCUCAAGAUGCUCUAUCAUAUUUCUCAAAAAUGAUUCAUAUUGGAAUAAUGCCUGACGAGAUCACCUUUCUUGGUGUGUUAUCAGCUUGUUGUCAUGGAGGUUUAGUUGAAGAAGGCCGCAAAUAUUUUUUUGAAAUGAGAUCUAAAUUCAAUCUAUCUCCCAAGCUUAAACACUACUCAUGCAUGGUGGACCUCUUCGGAAGAGCUGGUCAUUUGGAGGAGGCAGAAGAACUCGUUAAAAGUAUGCCAAUGCCGGCAGAUGCUGCUGUGUUGGGUGCUUUGUUCUUUGCUUGCCGUGUGCAUGGAAAUGUUCUAAUUGGAGAGAGGACGGCUUUUAAGCUUCUUGAGAUUGAUCCUCAAGAUAGUGGAAACUAUGUUCUACUCGCUAGCAUGUAUAGUGAAGCAAAAAUGUGGAAGGAGGCAAGGAGUGCAAGGAUAAUAAUGAAGGAGAGAGGACUAGAGAAGACUCCUGGUUGCAGCUCGGUUGAGAUCAAUGGCAUUGUGCAUGAAUUCAUGGUGAGGGAUGCAUCACAUCCACAGUCUGAAUGGAUUUAUGAAUGCCUGGUUUCUCUGACAAAACAACUGGAGCUUCUCGAGUUGACAUGAUAUUUUCCCUGCUCAUUCCCAACUUUAUCUUGGUUAGGUUGCUACAUGAUUUCCAUAGUUUUUUCACCUUUUCAUCCUCACGGUGGUCAAUUAUUCUACCCUACUUAUGGCUUGGUUCAGACUUGCAAUUGUGUUUUAAAGCUUUACAUGGAGUUGGGAGGAAGCUGACAUUAUGAACGUUGUCUUGACAUUGACCAGAGCAAUCCAGUAUUGGAAUUGAUAAAGUGUAGUUAUUCGCAUAUUACAAACAAAUUAAACAACGGAGAAAAUGGUAAGACAGCAAAAGCUUCAUCCAAGGAGUUACCCAAAACAGCCCAAAUCCGCCUUGUGAGUUCGCAUGACGAGGUUUACGAACCAUGUGAUGACUCUUUUGCACUGGUUGACGCUCUUCUAGCUGACCGCACUAACCUACUGGAACAUCAUCCAGCAUUUUGUAUGGAAAUAGGGUGUGGCAGUGGAUAUGUUAUCACUUCUCUGGCUCUUAUUCUUGGGGCAGAAGGUAAUGGUGUAAAUUACAUUGCAACUGAUAUCAACCCGCAUGCAGUGAAGGUGACCCACGAGACAAUGGAAGCACAUGGAGUUAAUGCGGAGUUGAUAAUGACCGAUAUUGCAUCAGGACUUGAGAAGCGACUAGCAGGGUUGGUUGACGUUAUGGUUGUGAACCCUCCUUAUGUGCCUACACCUGAAGACGAAGUUGGGUCUGAAGGAAUUACCGCUUCUUGGGCUGGUGGCGAGAAUGGAAGAAGUGUAAUUGAUAGAAUUUUGCCUGUGGCAGACACUCUCUUGUCGGAAAAAGGAUGGUUGUAUAUGGUCACUCUCCAAGCAAAUAAUCCUUCUGAGAUUUGCCAUGAAAUGAGAAAGAAAGGAUAUGCUUCUAAGAUUGUUGUUCAAAGAUCAACAGAGGAAGAAAGUCUACUUAUCAUCAAAUUCUGGAGGGAUUUAGAUAUUGAAAUAAAUGGCCAAUCUACUUCUGGAUUCAUGGGAUCUUUGCUUUCACAAAUUCCAAUACUUUCAUACAUGAGUGGCAACAAUAGUGACAAUAAGUGUUGAAUUAGAAAGUAA